AUAAUAACUAUUUUUUAAACUUGAUAAUAAAUUCAUAUAUUUAUAAAUUUUAUUAUAAUAUUGAGAACAAUGGAGUAAAUAAUUAGAAAUAUAUUUUUAAGAUUAAAAAGUUUUUGGAGCAAAAAAUAUAUUUUGUAAACAAAGUUGACUAUUUUUACGUAAUGUUUAUUAUUUAAAAGAAAUAUUUAAAGAUCUUGAAUAUUUAUAUUCAUAUACAAUGGAUGUUAAACCAAUUCCUAAACCACGCUCAAUAAUUCCGGAACGUCCAGUGCCAGCACCGAGAAACCUUCAGGCUCUGAAGGUUCCUUCGCCAAGAUCCUUAAGUCCAAGUGAGUCGAGUCAUUCAGAAAAAAGUGACGAUAGGAAAUCAUCAGAGUCACGAAGUUCAAACUCAGAAAAAAAUUUAUUCAGGAAUCUAGGUAAUACAUCUCGUCAAUUAAAAGAUGAAAUAUCUGAGAAGAUGACUGUGAAGGGCAGAGCAAUGAUAUCUAGCACAAGAAAUGCGAGUAUCAGAUUAGAAAAAUCAGUGAAAAAUCUGCUAACUCGACGUUCAGCUUCAACAAACAAUGAAGAAGACACAACAGACGGAGAUAAGAGUAAAAAAGAAGAAGAAAGAUGCGUUUCUAUGCCAGCAUGUGAUAAUAUAUUCAGUUCUAUAUCAUUUUAUAGCCCUUUAACUACCAAUCUAAAAAGUAUGAAAAACGAAGAAGAUUUAACAGAAAGUCGAUACAGUCCCCCACCUCCAAUUUAUCCACCGCCUCCACUUCCUGAUGAAUCUAUUUAUGACGAAUUGCAAUCCGUCACUUCCGGUGGCAGUAGAUAUGACACAUUGUCAUCAACCAUCUCUGACAGAUUGACUGACUUUCCUGAUGCUCAGAGUCUGUUAAACUUUGCUCAAAACCGCACAAGUGAUUCUGAUGUGAGUUUAAAUCUCUCGGACGUGUAUAAUCCGACUUUGAUUGAAACAAAAAAACAUUCGCGUUCGAAUUCUUGGACUUUUUAUGAUUCAACUCCAGAGAAAAAUGAUAAAAACGAUGCUGGCGAAGAUUUAAAUCCUAUUCUUAGUGCUGAAGAAGAAGAAAAAGAAAUUCCAAUUGAGGAAAAUAUUUCUGAAAGUUCUGAUAUCAAUAAAAAUUCAAUGAAUUCUAGUUCUGUAUCAGUAAGAAACUCCUUAUAUGAAAAUUGGACACCGUGGAAAGUUGAUGAAAGUUCGGAUAAUAUUACUGAUAAUAAAAGAAAAGUUCAGAGUAAAUCAUUGCUAUUUGAAUUUGAUCCUUUUGCUAAAAGUGAUGAGAAUGCUUAUGGUAAUUAUGAUAAUAAUGAUUUAAUGUUGUUGGAGACACUUUUAGCUACCAGUGAAACUCCAAGUAGCAGUGGAAGUAUGGUAGAUGCUGAAGAACGUAAUGAAGAGGUUGAUGAUGAUGAUCUUGACGAAGAAAAUGGUAAUAGCAUGAUAAGACCAGUUUCUGUAGCACCUCCACAACCUCCUAAACGAUUUGAUUCACUACCCAAGAAUGAAUAUGACGAAGUAGAAAUGGUGGAAGCUCUAGAGAAAGUUGCUAAUAAAAAUCCUCCAUUGCUGCCCAAACUGGUUCACUUGGCUAGGAGAAAACAACCUGCACCGCCACCGAGAAAGUUUAUACCGAAAGUUCAGGACAGCUUAACUGUUUCAAGGCCAUCUGAGGAGCUUUCCAAGCCUACUAACCUUGAAGAACGACCUCAGCUUCCAAGCAAACCAUCAGAAGAACGAAAAAUUGGUAUGAUGGCUAAAUUAAAAAAACUAAGACAUGAUUCUACUGCUCAUGUCAAGCCUAACGUCAUGAAUUUUAUGAAGGGAAAGAAGUUGUUGAAAACUCGUGAACAUGGAGAUGCUAAAAAAAAAUCUAACGUCUUGGGAAAAAUGGAAAGACCUAAACUUGUUGGACAAAUUAUUCCUGUUUGUCAUCGAGGGAUUGUUUUUAAAACUGGUGUGGGAAUUGAAAGAGCCAGAGACUUAGUUCAAAGAGCUGCUGUUCUUACUGAUCAGAAAAUUAGCUUUUAUGUGGAUAAAAGUAUGACAACUUUGAAAGAAACCGUACUGCUUGAAAACAUCCAGAGUGUUCAUCUACUUCAAGAUGUCAAGACCGUUGAUGGAGAAACUGUUCAUUGCAUUGCAAUUAGUGGUGAAGGAAGGCCUAGUGUUCAUGUUUUUUAUGCUAAAGGUAUUACUGAAAGAAGAAUAUGGGCUCAGAGAAUUUUAGAAGCUCUGACACCAGUUUUUCCAGCUAAAUACACUGCUGAAUUAACAAGAGCUGGCUGGGCAUAUUUAAAGGAAGGAAUCACUGGAUCGUGGUUUCCUGCUUGGAUUCUACUUCAACAGAGGACUUUAGUUUACACGAGAUCAUUAGAACCUGUAGAGCUUGAACAUUUAGACCUGAGAAAAGCUCGAUGUAUUUUACUACGAGAACAAGAAGGACCAAUUGAAGGAGCUGGCAAUGUUCCAGUAGUUGUUAUAGAUGCUGGAGAACGUGGAGCUCUUCAUUUAGCAGCUCCAGGGACUCGAGAAGCUCCAGCUUGGCGUCAUGCACUUCAUCAAGCUGCCACGUGUUGUGGACCAGCUUUGGAUGAUCAACAGCUCACUCAAGAUAAUGUUCCUGUCGUCCUUGAUAAAUGCAUCAAUUUCAUUUAUGCACAUGGAAUCAUGUCUGAAGGGAUCUACAGGAAGGGGGGUUCUAGCAGCGCAGUAACAAGACUCCUGGAGGCGUUUAGGAGAGAUGCGUGGACGACGCCAAUCACUAGAAGUUCUUAUUCAGAGCAUGAUGUUGCUACAGUGCUAAGAAGAUUUAUAAGAGAUUUACCAGAGCCUCUCAUACCUCAGAGUGUCCAUCAUGAUCUUUGUAGAAAUAUCGAUGUUGCUGAUGAUGAUGAAAGAGCGAAUAAAUAUAGAAGUAUUCUUCUACCAGUCUUAAGUCUAAUAUCUAAAGAAACUCUGCGAAGAAUAUUGGCACAUUUACAUUGUCUCAGUCAGCAAAGUUCAAGGAAUUUGAUGACAGUAGAAAAUUUAUCAUCAGUAUGGGGGCCAACGCUAAUGCACGCAGGUACUAAAAGUGCUGAAGACUGGAAUCGAGCUGAAACAACAGUUGUUGGAGAUUUAAUUAGACUUUACCCCAAGUUAUACCAAUUAUCAGCUGAUGACUUGGCAAAGGAAGCUAAAAUUCUUGAAGUACUCGAGAGACAUCAUGUAUCGAAUAAUGGAUUGCGAGGAGCUCCUUCAGGAGAUUUAAAAAUAUGGAUUUAUUUAUUAUCUAAAGAUGGGGAAUGCGUCAAUGUCACGAUUGGACCUCAAAAAACUGCAGCAGACGUAUGUCGAGAGCUAUCAGAAAAAGCAAAACUCCCAGCUCAUGAACUCUGUCUUGAAGAAUGCACUUUAGGAGGAGCACUAGAACGACCUCUCCAUCAUGCUGAAAAGAUUCUAGAGACUGUUGCACGAUGGGGAUACUGGGAUUCCGAGGAUCGGAAGGAUAAUAUUUUAAUUCUAAAGAAGGACAGACUUUAUAGAGACAUUGUUCCAAGGAUUAAGCCACCAAUGACAAUCUCAGGUGAACUUAAGUUCGCUGAUACCAAGUCAAAAGGUUUUAAAACAUACCUAUUUGAGUUUAGUCAAGCUAAAUUAUGCUGUUAUAAAGAUAAAACAUGUGCUGUCAAAUUUCACGAAUGGAAAAUAGAAGAUAUAGUAUGGUACUUGGGUCAUGAACCAAAAAGAAAUCCGCAAUCGGGAUGGUCUAUAACGAUUCUUUUGAAAAAUAAAAAACCAACGAGGUGUAAAGAAAGUCCAUUUUUUGGAUAUAUAUUAGCAGGAACAUCCGUCGUUGAUCAAUACCGUUGGCUAGCUGCAAUGUUGUUUGGAGAACAUCAGCUAAAUCUUCUACCCUCAGCUGUAAACCUAAUGGAUCCUUAAUAUCUCAUAUCAAACCGGAUGAUUAGUUUAAGUUUAGCAUUUACGUAAACGAUUUAUUCAUAGACUUUUUACCUCAAGACCAAUAUUUUUAUAAAUAAAUAUUAAGUAAUAUUAACUUUAUAUAUUAGUAGAAUAUAUGAACGACACAAAUAUUAAGUAAAGAAGUAUUAUGUAGAUAUCAUUUCUUUUAUUAAAAAAAAAUCGAAUAAAACAACGCUUUAAUGCGU